AUGGAUAAACAUUCAAAAAUUGAAGAUCUUGAUACUGCUUAUAAAAUCCUACGUGCUUAUCGAUAUGAUUCUCAAGACGUAAAAGGAUUCGCGAAAGUACAAGCUGCAUUGGAAUUUUGUCGAUUCACAAUACAAAAGGCGGGUGUUAACGAAUCAACGAUCGACACAGCCACGCGUUUACAAUCAGUUUUGAAAUCAAGUCGACAAGAGCUUGAAAGUAUACCAUGGAAACCACCGUUAACUUCGCAACCAUUCUUUGGACAAUUAAAAGACCUUUUGCUCAACACAGUAAAAAUAGCUGGUCACAGGACCAGUUCAACUACAGAUGUGAUAGUUCGUUGUUUCUAUUCAAUAUAUUCAAUCGUGGAGACAUUUGACAUUCCGUUUGUAUUCAAUGAUAAAUUUUUGUCGGCUCUCAAAGAAUGCUUAACGUGCGUACGAGACAAUCGAUAUUCACCAGAUGAUUUUCGUUAUGCGAUAUUGGCAAUGCUGUUUGACCAAAUUUACACGAUCGAGAAGUUCAAAUCUAGAUAUAUUGAAAUCUAUGAAAAACUUUAUCCUGCCGCUACUCCAUUGAUUUUACAAUGUAUACUAAAUUACUAUGAGCAAGAGCUUAAACGUUUCUACGACGACGAACAAGGACUCAACUUGCGAGUUGAUGGAGAUGCGAAACAUCGUGUAUUUCUAAAUAUAUUUCCCGAAUAUCUACUCAUGGAUGAUAGCGAAAUUCAUUUACCAACGUUGACGAAAUCACAAUUGGAUAUAUUCUGUCAGGCGCUGUUUGGAUGGAGCUAUACAUUAUUUAAUCGUCUUUUUAAAAAACAACCCAAAGACUUCACAUUAUCGGUUGUGAUAGUACGGUUCUUAAAAUUAAUGAAUUACUGCACUCCGUCGAUCUACUUUCGUCCUUGUGCCCGCCAGAAUCCAGUAUUGGUUGAGAAUCUUUUUCGUUUACUCCAUUUACCAUUGUUUAUUCAAAAUGUAACUGACUACGAUGUACGUUUUGGAUUAAAAGUUGUGGAUAGUACAGUACCAGGAAAACAUUUAGAAUUAGUGUUAGCUGCUGUCGAAUUACUAUACAAUUUAUCGGUGGAGUCCUGUGUUGUCGAUUAUCUCCGAGGGCUAAGUGACGAAGAAAAGCCAGAAAUUAUUCGUGUGCUACUUAAAAAUUGCAAGAAAAACAAUAUGUAUACCGCAAAGUUCCAUUGUGAAACAUUAAUUGCGUUAAUGAACAACGAUGUAGAUCGUUUAGAAGAACCAAACGAGAUCGCCACCUCGUAUGUUAAUUGUAUUUCAAAAGCAGUGAAAAUGGAAAGUCAGUCGUUUCAGAAAGUUCGAUUGAGUGAUACGAUUAUACAUUUAAAAAUCUUUAUACAAAAUGAACAAGUCAAAACUGAAGUUGUGGCUCAAGAUGGUUUAACUCUUUUAACAACCUGUGCGACAGAAACACGAUUCGAUAUGGCUUCCGUUCAAUAUCCGUCGAUGGAAUUAAUAUGGUCACUCAUCUUUGAUUUGUCAGCUGCUCAACUACUCCGAGCUAAUAAAGUUUUUGUUGAUUAUGUUGUUGAUUUGACCAAAUCAGGUACUGACAAUGCUGAUAAACAUGUACUAAAACGCGUUGCUGAGGGUAUCGAUUGGCAAAUGAAACAAAAGGUAGUUGAAGAAGAGAAACGAAAGGAAGCUGCUAAGCCGGUGAAAUUGAGUGUCUUUGGUGUACCAGUAGACAGCACAGGAAAGCAGAUAACGAAAGAACAGCGUUUAGCUAUGGAGCAAGCAAAAGAUUAUAAAUUUGAUAUGAUGAUCAGUUAUUGUCAUAAAGAUUCGACUUUAUGCAUGCAGAUUCACAAACAUCUAAAAAUGGAAACGAAUGCACGUAUUUGGAUUGAUACGGAACAAAUGUAUGGCUCCUUAACGGAACGCAUGUCGGAGGCAAUUGAACAUUCACGAAUCAUUCUUGUUUGCUAUUCGAAUGCGUACAAAGAAAGUCCCAAUUGUCAAGCUGAAUGUACGUACGCGAAUGAUUUGAAACGAAUAAUAAUUCCAUUGAGAAUGGAAGCCAACUAUCGUCCUANUACGGAACAAAUGUAUGGCUCCUUAACGGAACGCAUGUCGGAGGCAAUUGAACAUUCACGAAUCAUUCUUGUUUGCUAUUCGAAUGCGUACAAAGAAAGUCCCAAUUGUCAAGCUGAAUGUACGUACGCGAAUGAUUUGAAACGAAUAAUAAUUCCAUUGAGAAUGGAAGCCAACUAUCGUCCUAAUGGUUGGCUCAAACUUAUUAUUGGAGAUCGUCUUUAUAUCGACUUCAUCAAAUAUGAUUUUGAAAGAGCAUUUGGAGACUUAAUCAGACAAUUGGAAAGAUACGAUAAAAAAUACAAAGAAACGAAAGAGGCACCAAAGCCUGUAAAUGCAUCUAAUUCAAAUUCAGUAGCUCAAUCUCAGAAAAAAACCAAGGAAGUUAAGAACAAUCCAUCACUACCUGUGACACAAACAGGCAUCAAACAAGCGAAUAAAAAAUCAAGUCUUCUCGAUGAGACGUCUGAUACGAUUGAAACCCAAACAAAAUCAAGCACAAAUGAUGGAACUUCCAAUGCUACGUAUGAAAAUAAGCAAAUCUUAGAUUGGACUAACGAAGAUGUUCGUAACUUCUUUCAUGACAAGCAGAUUGAUGAAAUGCUACAAUUAUUAGAUAGAAAUCCAAACGGACGAGUUCUAUGUGAUUAUUAUCAACAAUUGAUGAAAGAGAAUAGCCCAUAUCAAGUAGUUAAAGAAGAAAUGAAGGAACUACAUGGAAUUUUCUUACCAUAUAGAGCGUUUGUAACGUUUGAUAGAGAAUUACGAGAAUGGAUCUCAACCAAAAAGUGA